AUGGCCAACCAAACCCCAUACUUCUUCUUCGCGCCCACGUGGGACUACCCGCCGCCGCCCGCCGGGCCCAUCCAGCUGGGCAACGUGCUCACCUCGCUGCACAAACCCGACCAGCCCCUCUUCACCGCAUCCCUGCCCGCCGAAUCCGAGGUCUUUGCCUCCGACAAGACCGGUGUGACCUUCUCGCGCGAGCGCCUGCGGGCUGGGAAAUUCGGGAUCCUCACGCAAUUUCUCUCGUUCUUGGGGGUGGGGGUUGAUGUUAGAGGUGGUUGGGAGAGAAGCGACGAGGAGACCUUCCGUUUCGAGACCAUCACCACCUCGCAAUUCGUGCCCCGUCCUAGCUACGUCCAAGAGAAAUGCAUCGAUGCCUCCCCUGUGGUGCAGCGGUGGCUCGAGCGAUCCCGCUACAGGAAGCCGCUGUAUCUCAUCGUGGGGUUGAAGGUGGUCCACGGGGCGAAGGCGGGCCGGUCGCGGACCGGGCGGGAGAUCAGCGGCAAUCUGGCGGCCACCGUGGACGGCACGGUGUGGAGUGGCGGCGUGGUUCCGGUGGCUGGGGGCCCGGAGUUUGAACUCACCCGGUCCAAGAAGGUGGGUAUGGACUGGGAGAACGGGGGGGAUUUCGUUCUAGCAUUUCGUGUCAAAAGGAUCAAGGUGGCAAGGAAGACGAACGAGGUGCGCGAGGUGGAGGAUUAUGGCAAAGGCGCCAUGCUGGGGAAUGAGCCCGCAGUACUGGGAGGACCGCGGGGUAUUCUUGUUCUUGAGGAGGACGAG